UCUGAGGUAGGACGCAGCAGGAGACGAACUGAGCCGAACCGACACCAGAAAAACACGAAAUGAGACGAACUGAGCCGAAAGGACAUCAGAAAACACAAAGUUAGACGAACCGACUACAGAAUAAACAAAGUGAGACGAACUGAGCCGAACCAACGCCAUUAAAGCAAGAAGCGAGUCGAAUAUACGCCAGAGAAAACACGACGUGAUACGAACUGAGCCGAACUUCGCUGGCUAAAAACGAAGUGAGCCGAACCGACACCGGAAAACACGAAGUGACACGAACUGAGCCGAACCGACUCCCGAAGUCGACGAAGAGACCCGAACACGACUCGGACGUUUACUCGGGAAGUCUCUUGAAUGAAGGACGCGACAUGAGGAAUGUGCAAUGAAGGCUGCUGUGGCGACAAGGAGCGAUGAAUCCCAGCACCUCCUCCUCCCCCCCUCGCCGUGAGGGCCGGCCCGCCGACGAUGGCCUGGAGGACGACUGGCUCUUCCUCUCCUCGGAGUCGGCCGGGCUCCCGGGCCCCGGGGCCGGCAGGGACGAACAGGGGGCGGAGGACCGAGGCAAACUCAAGUCCAGGCUGGUGUCGGCGUGGAACAGCGUCAAAUACGUGUGGUCCUGGAAGCAGAAAUCCAAAUUCAGCAGCAGCUCGCCUGUCAUCAUGCUGGGGAAGCCCUACGAGCUCGGAGACGAAGGGGAGAGGGAGCGAUUCCGCCGCUGCUUCUCAUCCCUCCUGUGGUUGACGUACAGGCGGGGUUUCCCUCCGCUGGCCGGCGUCUCUCUGACCACGGACAGCGGCUGGGGUUGUGUUCUGCGUACGGGCCAGAUGCUGCUGGCUCAGGGCCUGCUGAUGCACCUCCUGCCACCAGACUGGACCUGGUCCGCGAGCCACCGCGCGGUCAAAGACGACAUGGACCUGCUUCGCCACAUAGGAAGUGUCGAGAACGGAUGGAAUUCAAGCCGACAUGCGAACGAGAGGGGUCGAAAGCUGAGCCUGGGCUCGGUGCUGGACAGACCCAUGGAGGCGACCCACAGGAGAGUGGUGUCCUGGUUUGCGGACCACGUCACGGCGCCCUACGGGAUCCAUCAGCUGGUAGAGUUGGGGAAGAGCUCGGGGAAGAAAGCCGGAGACUGGUACGGUCCGUCUAUUGUGGCACAUAUCCUCAGGAAAGCCGUGUCGGCUUCAGCCAAUGUUCCCAACCUAGCUGUGUACGUCGCACAAGACUGCACAAUCUACUUGCAGGAUGUGAGAAAGCUGUGUGAACAGCCUCAACCUCAGCCGUGGAAAGCCAUCAUCAUCCUGGUUCCUGUGCGACUCGGCGGCCAAGAGCUCAAUCCCUCAUACAUCACCUGUGUUAAAGAACUCUUGUCGUUGCGAUGGUGCAUUGGAAUCGUCGGCGGCAAGCCGAAGCACUCCUUGUUUUUCGUUGGCUUCCAGGAUGACCACCUCCUGUACUUGGAUCCUCACUACUGUCAGCCCACCGUGGAUGUCGCAAAGCAGAACUUUCCCUUAGAGUCGUUCCACUGUAAAUACCCCCGGAAAAUGCCUUUCUCUCGCAUGGACCCCAGCUGCACCAUUGGAUUUUAUGCAAAAGGACAACAGGAGUUUGAAUCACUGCACACGGCUGUGAAAGAGGCUCUCUCCACGUCUGCAGCGACAUACCCCAUGUUUAUAUUUGCAGAGGGAGAAAGACGGGUGGAGCAGGAGGGGUGGGGAAGCACAGCACCCACUGACAACCUCGCCUACAUCCAGAGGAAGGCUGAGCUGAGGAGGGUCGACACCAGCGACAGCAUGGACGAGUUUGUGGUGUUGUGAACGCUGGAGCAUCAGGUCUACCCUGAAAGGGAAUGGAUUAUAUUUCCGGCAUGGACGUUCACUGUGCAGCAACUACUGAGCUGAACUGAAGCAAAACCCUCCGUUCCCCCAGCAAGUUUUCUUCACGGACUCCUUUAAGGUGCUGUAAGUCAACCAGCACACAUUUACUGUUCAGUCUACAAACACAAAGCUGCUUCUUCUUCUCCUGAUAGACAACGCACUACAGUGACUCACUGCACCACUGUGUGGUGGACAGUGGAAUUACAAGAGCUGUUUGUCGAUUUGCUGGCUGCCUGCUGUAAAUAUUCAUACAGCACAAUCAAUAAUCGUCCCUGAUGUGUUAAGAAAGAUUUCUUCACAUUCUUUAUCAUAUUUUAGAGAUUUACGAUUUUGUAAGAUGUAUUUUACCUUUUUUUUUUUAAAGGUUUAAAGGAGACACUGUCAUAAAUUAGUGAUCAAGCUCUUUUAAGCAUAUUAUUUUCUGUAUUUAUUUUUUUAGAAGGAGAGAUGUUCAAAUCAAUUUUACAGAGUUUGAUAGAAUCUGAGUUUAUUUCACAUUCUAAUCAAGAAGAAAGCACUUAUUCUGAAGGAAAACCUCUGACAAGCAUUUUGAAAUGCACAACCUUCAUGUUGCUCAGUGUCGUAUCAAAGGAUAAGCUGCACUUUUCAAGCAUUUUUUAAUUAAAAGAUUGAUUUCUAACUUCUAAUCACUCGCACUAUGAAAAGUUGUGAAGGCGGUAGUCCUGCCUGCAUGAGGAACUGACAAUAAUUAUGAGAGAUAUUUUAGAGUGUUGAGCUAUGGUAUUGUUAGUAUUUCUUUAAAUAUAAAUAAACACUUUUUUGAUGAAAGAAAUGGUUAUUUAUAAAUGUUUCGGUUGUUUUGAAAGGGGCUAUGUGAAAAUUAUCAGGGCUGGAAAAGAAUAAAAUCACUGAACUGC